AUGGCGAGACCACCAAACUGCUCUCUUUUCGUGAAAAACUUACAUCGCGAGACAAGGUUAGACCAGUUAAAGCAUUUUAUUUAGUUUUUGCUCACUUUUUAUCUAAUUUGCGACCGGAACUCUCUUGUUAGAUCCGAAGAUCUUAGACGCCUGUUCGCCAGAUAUGGCCGAAUUAGAGCGGUUUUCACUUGACUGUCGAAAGGGAUUGGUUUUGGUUUUGGUUUUGGUUUUACUACGCCCUUUGGUUGGCUAGUGUAUUUACUUUGGUUUUGGUUUUACGACAGUCAAGUGAAAACCGCUCUACCAACGUGUACAUUCCGUUGGACUACUACACAGGAGAAUCCCGAGGCUUUGCUUAUGUACAAUAUCCUUGUUGUUGUGGUUUCUUUUCGUCUAAGUUUGUAAAGGUUUGGCACUAAUUAAGUAAACAGCGCGUUCAUGUUAGAGAAGUUGAGCACUAAGCGCGAGAAUUUUUCUUGAAGAGCGCAAUAAAUUUAUAUAUAUAGGUGGUUUUCACGUUACGUCAUCGCCGCCAUGCUGGUGGACGGUAAACAAAAGAUCGCUCAUUAGCUUGCUUUGUUUGUCCACCAGGAUUUGUUCAUUUCACCAUUGUUUUUUGUGUCUCCCGAGAUUGCAUGAAAACCACCUAUAUAUACGUUUAAAGAGUCGAGGGCGCAGAAUUGUGUUUUAAACUUCGCGGACAGUGAGGUGAAAGAAUGUGUGAUUUUUUUUCAGUCUUUUCAGUUGUUUGCUGUUCCUUUUUAAUAUAUUAAUCCAAAAAUUCAAAUCUCAUCGGAAAGAAGUAAUCGGGAAUGUUGAGAUUUGCAGCGCUUGAAAGGUAUUGUUUCACGUUAAUCGUUGAUCGCAAGAAAGGAUAAGAAAUAACAAUACAAGAAUACCUAUUGUUCUCGAAUUCAGGUCGCUUUCCUUGAUACGGCUAUUUAUGUUUUGCACUAGGUUAAGUCGUUUCGUACGAAGUGAAAAGGUCCAACAAGCUAACAUGGCGAAGCCGUUGCUCGCAAACACUCGUCGUCCGGAGAUGAAUGAACCUUUCCUAAGAAUGGAUGAGCGUCGUUUGAGGAAAACGGAGACUCUUGAGAGUAGCCUCUAUUGAGCGAACUGAGCCUCUUGUCUCCACAUCACUCGCUUUUUUUGGACUAUUAUCAGAUCGAAGUCUAGCUUAACAAAGACAUUAGCCCUAUUUAUACUAGAGGACGUCUAAGACGUCUUAGACGACUUAGACGUCUAGUAUAAAUACGGGAAAUAAGGCAGACGCAUUAAACGCCAGACGAAUAAAACGUCUGAAGUUAAGUGUGUCCGGAUCGACGCGCUUAACAGAUGAAUUAGUCGUCUCAGACGUUUAAGACGUCUAGUAUAGAAACGGGACGCACUUAACCACGCGCUAAACAGUCAGACGUCUAAUGCGUCUGGACGUCUAAGACGUCUUCUAGUAUAAAUACGGCCAUUGAUGCUUUAUUUAUCUUGUGUUAUAUAUAGUACUGUGGCAUAAGCCGUUUUGUUACCGUUAAGCACUGAAAUUCCUGCAUUAGCCCUCUGUUACAUCUACCAAGAAAAAUUAUAUUGUGAGAAUUCUCAACAUCAUUCCGUUCAUUUAACAAAUCGUUAUGUUUUUUGGAUUAGGAAAUGAACGAAAUAAUUUAGUAACAACCUAGCACAACAAAACUCAGUAAAUAAGGAAGUUGUCAUGGAAACACUUUUACAUUUGCAAUAUUAAAAAAUGUGGCCUUAUGCGCCUACUGGCUCGAUGAGACUUGAUGAUUGUUGGGGUAAAUUUUUUCCUUUUGUUUUUCGUUUUCUCACUUACUUAUUAUCGUGUAUUCUUUUUCUUUUCGCUCUCCGGUAUUUUGUUAAUUAUGCUCCUUUGUUACGUGCUGUAUGUAAGUUUCGUUAUAGUUUGUUAUCUCGCCCCUAUUUAUUACCAGUUUUUACGUGUCUAUUAGACAUUGUUGUAAGCAGCUUCAUCUAAUAGAAAAAGGAGCCACCGGGACUGGUGGCUGAGACAAUAGGAGUCGUUUUGGUAAGCAGCUUCGUUUUCAUCGUUUUUUCAUUAAUUUCAUUUUGCAGUCGCCUUGAAGUAGUGUUUUCUGUAUUGUAACUAUUAUUUUUUCGCUCUUUGUAGGAAUUUACUGUUUUUGGGGUUUGGUAAUAGUAAAACAUUUGCUGAUUGUGAGUUCACGUGUUGUGUGUUGGAAUUGGCCCUUACCCGUUCAAUGAUGAUGAAUAUUCAAACACAUUCAUCUUAUAAGAAAUGUCCCUAAAGACGAACUUCACACAUUCCCAAAUCACACCUCUUUAGUAAAAAUAUUUCCAUUUGAACGUAAACAUCUUAAAACACAUUUAAGAUUUCCUUGAAAAGUUCAUUGAAACAUGUCUAAGUUGGUUGUCGUUCACUGUAUUUGUACUCUAGUUCGUUCUGUUGCGGUUAGCUACAGUGUUAUUAUUAUACAAGUAAUGUUACAGUUUGUAAUUACAAAAAAAGUAAAUUCAUAGCGUUCAUAUCAUUAGUAUACCAUUGUUAAAAUACCCUUUGAGACCUGUGUUUCCAUUGUCUGCAUGUUCCGUUUUUGUUUCAUUGAUAGAUCUAUCGACAACAACCAUCAUCGACAUCAUCUCCUCGUGACAAGAAGAAAAAAGCAGAAUGAACUUCGAAAAAGCAAACUUCUGUAGACGAUGUUAAAAAUAAAACCUCUAUCCUUAACAGAAUAACCAUUGACCCUAUCACUGUGUCUCUUUAAUUUGAACAUUUCAGUAAAAACAAAUUACGUAUGAGUUUGAUGAUUUGUUUAAAGUACACGAAGCUUUCCGCAGAGGUCUUAUUUGGAAAAAUGCGUCUCAAAUACAAUUUCACCAGUUCUACAAUUUACUGCGAGAUGUCUGUUAUAAAAAAUUAACAUGUACACGAGUUGCUGUCUCGGCAGUACUCCUCUCUAUUUACUGAAAAAAUCUCGACAUCGUCUGCCAUAUUGAAUUCAAGAACGCGUUCCUCCAAAUUAGGUCACGUGAACGAAAAUUUGAACAGCGAUUGGCUCGUGGUUUGUUUUGGUUGAGAUUAUCAAAUUUGAUAACGAUCCCGGACUGACAAGUGAAAUAGAAUGAUAAGAAGUAUAAAAUUACAUUAAAAGUAUUUGAAUAUUGACAUUUUUGAGACAAUUUACCAUUUUCUUGACAUAAGCUUAAGCUUACUUCUUGCUUCUUCUUGAUCAGUUGGCUUCGUGGCUUUUUUAAUUUUGCCUCGCUGUUAGUGCGACCAGCUCUUCCCACAGUUUUGUUCAUUGAAAGAGGUAUCCCUUUAGCUCACCCGUUAUGUUUGAGCUUUUAAAUCUUGCAGUUUUCUCUGAUUUUUAUAGUUUUGCUGCGACUCAGCCGCAAUUUACUGAUGUUUGUUUGUGUUUUUGCCAAAAACACAAACAUGCAGAGUUCAUUCUAGCUACCAAGUUGUACCAAGCUAAUUCCAAAGCCAGUUAAAACUUCUCGAGUGAAGACAAGUUUCAAAGAAAAGUUGUAAAAGCAAACCUCAAAAGUACAAAAUACCCAAAAUUAGACCAGCCACAGAAAAAGUCAAAGUUAUGUUCAAGGUAGAAGCUAUACAAGCUAAAUCUAACACUAAACAGCAGUCAAGGCAAGGACAAGUGUCAAAGAAAAGCAUCCAAGCACACAGUAACAAAAUGUGAAGCCAGUAGCUGUAACUGUAUAUCACAGUUUCAAUGUAACCAGGUAUACCAAACUCUUGUACCCAUAACAAAAGUAGGGAUGAAAAAACGCUUUUCCAUAGACUAUAAUUAAAACAAUUUUUUUAACAGAAUCACUCUCGGAGCAAAAAAAGAAACAAAAUUGAAAGGUGACAUUUCAGCUUACAUCAACAUUGAGAUAACGGUGAUACCGUCAUCAUUUCUGCAGUCUUUUAUGUGUAGUGUAAAUAUAGAAGAUGUGAAUGUGUUUCCACAGGAUUUCGCUAAAAGGAAUUAAUUUUGCCAGGAUAUCAAGAUCACUUUUCAAUGAAAAGUGAGAGUGUAACUAUAAACUAAAAGGUUGUGCUUGUAGAUUGACAAGGUGAUCGAUGCUUGGCAGUUUUGAAGAUGUCCCUAAAAGGAAGUUAAUAAAUCAAAGUCUUUUUUUAUUUAGUAAUACUUGAAUGAGUUGAUAAAGCAGGGGCAUUAACCAUCAAAAGAUUUUGUCAGCAGAGUAAGCAAUUAUCAAGCUUUUGUUCUAGGCAAAGCUUGGUCGAAGGUAACCUGAGAUCAGGCCCAAUUCAUAGCGGUUCUCAUACAUUUUCUCUAACGGCUACCGCUAAAAUCUGUUUUCAUUUCGCAUUGCCCGACGGGAUGUUAUUACAAAACGAAACGAAAAUUGAGCCUGAUCUCAGGUUAGGUCGAAGGAAAGAAAAUUAAGCCUUAACAUACCAUACUUUUAAAGACAUACGUGGUGCCGAGGAUGCCCAUCACUACCUGGACGGAGUUAUGCUUCUUGGAAGAGAACUAGAAGUUCAGUUUGCAGAGGGAGCCAGAAAAAGUAAGGCAUAAGAAUAAAAUGUGCCGGUCGAAAUUUAAAUAUGUGCCCUAACUAUAUACCACACACAUUUUCUGUUGUUGAAAAUAACGAUCACUUAACAUGAAACUUUUUUCUUCCUCUUAUAGCACCAGUACAGAUGCGUUGGAAAAGGUAAGGGGAGAGGCCGGCAGUAGUAGGACAGAUGAAGGCAACAGGGAUACAAUCUUAUUCAGUGCUUGACAGACCAAUUUUGACAUGUUAGAAUUUAUUGAGUUAGCCAUUUCUUAUUUUUUGCAGUCGCCGCUCUCGUAGUCGGAGCCCAAGGUAAGGUGGACAAUAAUUUAUUAAUUUAUUUAAGAAUUAUCCUUUAUUGUUCAUGUUAUUUGUUUUGUAGCCUUGUGAUCAAUACAUUCUGUACAUUGUCAGCCUGUAUUAAAAAAAAAACUAUUUCAUUGGGCAGAUAUGGUUCAAUUUGCUCCACAGUUACUGCCAAAAAUGAUGCAUUUGCAAAAAAUGCAAAAAAAUAUUGUUAUACAGUCAAACCAGGGCAAGCACACCCCCACGAUCCCAUUCAUGAAUGAUUCCACAGUUGAAUCCCUUACUAUAGUUUUGCCGCAAACAAUAUCAAAUUCAAAUUUGCAUUCCUGUAAACGUAAUGAGCAGUUAAUUUUUUUACGAUAACCUCUCUGUAUUCGGUCAGAAUGAAAAAUCUUUGUGUACGUAAAAUAUUAUUGCUUUUCAUCAAAUUCGAGAAAACCGAGCUGGUAGAAAUUUCGUAACUGCCUUGCAUGUUAAAUCACUGCUCAAAAUUACGCAUACAGGAAUGAAGAGAUCCAACGGAUUCAACUUUCGAUCAAUACCGACAACUCCCGAUAAUUCGAACCUUUAUAGGGAACUAGAAAAGUUCGAGUUAUCGAGAGUUAAAUUAUAUAGAAAAUGAUCAGAAUGGAAAUGAAAAUUGCUUCGAGUUGGCAGCAGGUUCUAGUUUUAGAGGGUUCGAGUUACCGGGAGUCGACUGUAAAGUCAUUAAUGGAAUCUUGAGGGGUACGCUUGACCUGGCUUGACUGAAUACGUUUUGUCAAUGGAAAAAAGUUUUCGUAAUAAAAAUUCACUAGUUGUUAAGUGCUUGAGAGUUCGGUGGAUCAAUGAAGAUGACGUGAACUGCGGAAAUAUGAUCAUAACUAAAUAUUGAUAGAGCACUGCCGCGCUAACGCAGAGGCCAUGGGUUCUAAUCCCGUUGAAGUCCUGCAAUUUUUUUAUCGGGUUAAUUUGCAAUCAUGUCUUUAUUUAAAAAAGUUCGGUGGAUGUUUGACCAAAUAAAUUACCCCUUCUUCACCCUUUUAGUUGUUAAAUUGGCAGAAGAGAAUGAGUUUGGGAUCGUCAAAAUGAUUUAUUGUGGUACUUGUAUAUUUCAAAACGGUUUUUAUAUUUCAGUAACACUUUUAAAAAUCUCUCCUGUGAAAAAUACUAAGGCCUUCAAAUGGUCCGUUAAGGUUUGAUGAAGGCAGGAAUCGGUUUCGGCCUCUAGAUAUUAAAACACCUUUCAGCUGAUACUUGGAAAGCUAACCAUUAUAUUGUAGGACUUCUGCAUAAGAUGCUAAUCUAUGAAAUGUCUGUUUUUUAAGGCGUCGACGCCGCCGUUCGCACUCACGAUCAAGGUCAAGUUCCCCCGAACGCCGAGAACGCAGCAGCCGUAGUGAAAGGAGCUGUGAUCGUCACCGUGAAAGUAGGCAAGAAAUAAGAGAGCUUUCACCAUCACGUUCACGUGUCUCGACGCCGAGCGUCGACCCCGCCGUUCGCUUUGAUUGUUUUUUAAGGCGUCGACGCCGCCGUUCGCACUCACGGUCAAGGUCACGUUCCCCC